CGCUCAGCGGCUGUUAGACAUGGACGCUAUCAACUGAACACUCCUGCUCCUCCCUCCUCUCAUUCCCCUUGCUCUGCUCACACUGUUCCGUUCUCCCUCAGGCUCCCUCCUUAAGCUGUGUACAGGCUCAGUCAAUCAGGCAUUGUGAGCCGAUACAAAGUUCAAACCUGAGCUCUGGUCGGACAAACUGGGGAGGAGCGGCGAGCUGACAUGCUGCAAGACGGAUAAGAGGACAUAAAGGCAGACAAGAGAUAACCUGAAGCUCUCAGACGGAAAAGUAGACUCAGAAGUACAUCCUGGCUGAACUUCUCUUUGUUGUCGUUGCAGUUGGAAGGGACUGGAGAGGGGACGAGGGUCUAUCAGAGAGGAAGCGACAUCGAUUGAUAUUGGCAGUCUACAUCAGAAGCGAACUUGUUACGAUGACAUCGGAGACGGCGAGCACCUUGGUGUCCGCGCACUCUCGAUCGAACUCCACCGCGAGCAUGGACGAGGAUCUUGACCCCUCGAGGCAAGGAAACCCCGGGCUGUCGCAGGUGGGCUGGUCAAGUUAUGCCUCUUCCACCAGCUUCCUGAUCAAUAAGCGAUCAGUCUUUAUGCCCCUGUGGGUCUUCUUGGACAUUCCUGCCUCUUCUCUUGCGGCGAGGGCGUGGUCGACAAUUCUCUCCCUAAUCAUCACGCUCAGUUGCGUCUCCUUUGUCACGCAGUCGCUACCCCAGUACUACUUCAGCACCAACCUCGCGUUUGACACCAUCGAAGUCACGUGCAUCGUCAUCUUCACGGUCGAGUACACAUUACGAUGGAUCACCUGCCCCUACGACGGGAUGGAGUUCUCGUGGUCGGAGUACUUGAGAAGCAGGGCCAAGUUCAUGGUGAAGGCGAUGAACGUGGUCGACCUCGUCGCGAUCCUCCCCUACUACAUCGAGCUGGUUGUCAAUUCCAUCCUGGGCAGCUCCAGCAGCAACACGUCGAUCUUGGUGGUGGCAAGGGUUGUUCGCAUCACGAGGAUCUUUCGACUGUUCAAGCUGGGCAAGAACUACGACGGGAUAGAGAUCUUGUUCUUGACCUUGAGGAAGAGCGGAGUAUUCCUCUUCACUGUCGUGUUCCUCAUCCUCCUCUUCCAAGUCCUCUUCGGCUCGCUCCUCUUCUUCUUCGAAGGAGGCUCCAACUGCGUCAUCGCUUACGCCUGCACCGGCGGCGCUGACAGCGGGGUGGACUGCACAAUCCUAGAGCUCCCUGAUGGGUCGGUGAUGGACAUCCCUGCCCAGCAAGCGCGGAUGAGCUACUGCAUGCAUCCCUGGGUCAACGAUACCGCCCUGUGUUCCAACGAUGGUCUAGUGGCUAACAACAGCAAGGCUGGGCAGUGUCAACAGGGCUCGACAUGCGUCGACGUCGGCAACGUCUGCUUCUCAGGCUCCGAAAUGCUCAGCGCCCUGCCCGUUGGGUCCAAAGUGAAGCUCAAUUCCAUCCCCAUGUGCAUGUGGUGGGCCCUCGUGACCAUGUGCUGUGUGGGGUUCGGGGACGUGGUGCCUGAGACGUCCUACGGCAAGGUGCUGGGGUGUAUCGCAGCUCUGACAGGGCUAGUGGUGCUGGCGAUGCCCACGACGGUGCUAGGAGGGACGUUCUCUGACAUCUACGAGGAAUAUUACAGGAGGAAGAACGAGAAGGAGACUGAGAGCGAGAAUGAGAACGAGGACAUACCCAAGGGGCUGAAGGGAACGAACAGCAAGCAUCUCAAUCGAAUGAUUGUGGCGAAGCAGCUGGCGCAGAAGAAAGGGCCGAAGAUACCUCAAGAGUUGAUAGCCAACAUCAUAGAAGACAACCCUGUAACUUCCCAGGAGAAGAUCUUCCAGGCGUUCAAAGAGCUCGAUAUUGCCGUGGCCAGGAAGGUGUUGUGGAGUGAGUUCAGGGCGGAGCUGCGGGAGAAGAGCCGGAGCAAGCUGCAGGAGGUGAUGGAAGAGAUGGAGCAGACAUGACAUGCCAUUGCUGAGAGAUCUCGAAUAUUUACAGCUGUUACAUUAAAUUGCUAAACCUUG